UUACCCAUGCGACUGCGCCACACAUUUAGCCCCAACAAUUCACCAUUGAGGCGUCCUGCGCCUGAGUGUAGGCAAGAACAUCGAUAGUGGUGGGUGCAGGGUAUGCCAAACCACUUGUUAAAUUCUCCAGAACACCCACCGAACCAGUUCCCGCAGCUAUUUGACCGUCUCGCCCUACCCUUGGAUCACCCAUUCUGUUUUUUACUGGCCUUGUUUCUAGACGUACAUUCAACUCAACCUAAGACCCUUCGUUGUUCGCAACCUAGGAUUUUACUACUGUUUUCUUUCUGACCGAAUCAACUCAUGCAUUCAUCGAAGGUCUCUUCUGGAUACUAUAGUCACGGAAGCGGACACACCGCUUAGCCAUCAUGUCCAUUGGGCUUGGUUCUCCAACGAUGACCUCUCUGCCUCCUGCAAAUACAUCUGUCGGCACCACUCAUGAUACUGGCUCUUCAGACGCGAUACCCCCUAUGCCUGGACUCACUAGGCAGAACACAAACUCUUCUACUGGAAGUGCACUCAGACCACCCAAUGGAAAUUGGGCAUUCGAAAUCAGUGGGGUCUGCCCAAGUUGCCAUCAUUACCACAAAUCGCUCCGGGUACACGUCAGAAUCUCGAACGAUUUUACCCAGGUUCGCGAUGUCUACUGCAAAAGGUGCAAACGGCUAUUGUUGUCUUCUGGAAACGCCAACGCCACGCGACUAUCCCUUCUUUCUACCAUAAGUCUAGAACCAGAUCCCAUUGAAACUGAAUUCCGUACCACUUUGAUUCAUAUGAUACGGGCUUCUACUCCAAUUGCGAUGCUCUCUUCUGUCCUCACAGUCAUUCCAGAAGUGACAUCGGCCGGUCCAUCACGGGAGACUUCAAUCCGUUCCAGAUCCGGCAGAAGUUCCCGAAUGCCUACAACAACCUUUGACGACAAUCCCUUACAGACAACAGUCCGCAGUAUCGGUAGAUACAAGUACAAUAAGAACUCUUUAGCCGAGGGCCGACAAAUACUUUCCAAUAUUAAGCAAAAAGUCAGAACGAGAUUCUUCAAGUCGCGAAAUAUCCCCUUCAACCUGGGUAAAUGGUUUUCGAGGAAAGAGAGCUCAAAGUACGAAAACCGUCAUCAGGAUCCGGCAUGCGCACCGAUCAGCGCUUCUCCUACAAUUGAAAUAGCGCCAUCCCCUCGUGAGGAACAUGCCGAAUCACUAGAAGAGAUCGACACCAACUUUGAUCUAGCUACACUUGAUGUAUGCACCUCAUCAACCACUGCUGCGGACGCACUGGCUUCACUGAAAACCUUGGACCCUCAGGCUUUGCGGGCUUUGCCUCCCCAGAAGCGAAUUUCAUGGGGUCGUAAGCAACUCACCGAAUUCAAAACUCGUUUCUCUGGUGUCGCGGCUCACACAGCUCCUCCUGGCAUGACAGAUACCGAUGGUGUCACUGAGCGUGGAGAAUAUCUACGUUGGCUAGAUGGCCUAUCCCCUCGACGCCAUUCUAUCCUGGCAUUUCUGGGGGGCGGGUUUCCUUCCUAUGAGGAUAACGACUUUCGCAGGGCAAGUGAUCAUACACUCAAUGGUCGCCCGCUAAGCAUGAGUGAAACGCACCUUUCGGAAGCUGAUACCCUUGUUGAUGGUGUAAGCAUCUCCUCUGCACCGCGUCAUAUCCUCGCCGAGACCCUACACCGAGAUCAUCGCAGAUCAUUGCCGCCCCGCCCUCUUUCCAUUGACAACAUUGUUCAUGACUGGUCACAAAUUCAGCGAAACAGAGCCGAGGCCCGGAGAUCCAUGGACUCGACCGCAACCGGGGGUGCUGUUAGAAGCAUUGCUGCAAGAAGCCAUGCUUACAAUCGCUUAUCCCGCAAUUCCAUAAAUCACACGUCCUCUUUCUACAGUACGGAGCCAACUGCUUCGCGAGAUCAACUCCAAAUCGGUGAAGAAGACGAACAUGCUGGCGCUGGUGCUACUAGCGCAUCGCAGCGCCCACGAUCACUUUCCCCAUCACCACCGAAACUGGAAACCGAUAUAACGUCCCAACAUGAAUGAACUCGACUGAUUUCAUCCCAAAUAUUUUGGUCUUUCAUUUUGGAACUUCUGGGAUGAGCUUUACAUUGUCUUCGUUAUUUGUUGGAUUUGGCGAUUCCUGUUUGCUCUCAUCAGCUAGACCCGUUAUAGACCGAACUGAGUUUCUUUCCUACUGCCUACACUGCUGGAACAGUAUCCGUAUGAAAUAUUGGAACACAAUCAUUUAUCUGGCCAAAUGAAAUACACGUUUCAAC